GGGCUUGAUUAUAUGUAUGUCUUGAGGGGUGUGUAUAGAGCAUGUGGGGUUAGGGUGAUUAGCUCCCCGUGAGAAGUGUUGUAGUUCAGUCUUGUUGAAAUCAAAGUUUUCUUCCAAGGAAUGAGAGGCCACCAGUUGGCAGAUGUCAUCUGCAUAUCCAAAGCGACCGCGGCGGGCGCGUAUGGAGCCUUGUUUGAAAAUGGGUUCGAUAAAGAGCAUAAAUAGGAUGGGGGAAAUUGCAUCAAAGGCGCCUUGCACAUCCAGUGUGAGCAUGGAGGAUUUCAAGCCCUGUGACCAGGCCUCCUCAACAUCGUGGACCAGUGCUGCAGCUAGGUCUGUGGCAGAGCGGAGUGGGAGGGCACCAAACUGUUGUGGAUGGAGGACCUUAUGCUUGAUUGCUAUCCAUGCCAACCGGCGGCCUAUGAGGCGCUCUAGGCCUUUUCCCAAAACUGAUAGGAGGGAAAUCAACCUAUAUGUCCGGGGAGAGCUUCGGUCCCUUUUUCCGGGCUUUGAAAUGGCCACCAGUGAGGCGUCUCGGAAAGGGGUAGGAUGCCAGCCUUGGGCUAGGCAGUUUCGGUACAAUGAUGCGAUAGCAGGGCCUAGGAUGGGCCAUGCUUUCCUGAGAAUGAGAGUGGACACGCCAUCUUUUCCUGGUGUACUGUUUUUGGGCCUUGCUAUUGCGUUAUAUAUCUCCUUUUCUGAGGUAUCAGGGAAGGGCAGGCGGGGUUGUUGAUAGGUUCCAGGUUGAGAUCCAAGUCCUCUAAGCAAGACGCCUCCUGGAAGAGUGCACGGACUAGAUAGCUUGUAUCUUGUUCUGUAUAUAUACAUUGCUUCUGGAAUAUACACUGGUUUCGUAUAUUCAUCACGUGAUAUACCGCUACCAAAAUAAUCGCCGAUCCCCGGCAGCAGUCA